AUGGAGAACAGCAGGAACGUGACUGAAUUCAUUUUAUUAGGUCUUACACAGAAUCCGAAGCUGCAGAAAUUGGUGUUUGUGGUAUUUUUGCUGUUGUACGUGGUAACACUCUCAGGCAAUCUACUUAUUGUGGUUACUAUUACUAAAAGUCAGGCUCUGAGCUCCCCUAUGUAUUUCUUCUUGAGCCAACUUUCAUUGAUAGACACAAUAUAUACUUCUUCUUCAGCUCCUAAACUGAUUGUGGACUCCUUGCAUGAGAAGAAGAUUAUUUCCUUUAUUGGGUGUAUGGCCCAAGUCUAUGCAGAACACAUCUUUGGUGCUACUGAGAUCAUCCUGCUGACAGUGAUGGCCUACGACCGCUACGUGGCCAUCUGUAAACCCUUGCACUACCCCACCAUCAUGAACCAAAAGCUGUGCAUUCUCCUAGUGGGACUGGCCUGGACUGGAGGCUUUCUCCACGCAACAAUUCAGAUCCUCUUUACGGUCUGGCUGCCCUUCUGCGGCCCCAACGUCAUAGACCACUUUAUGUGUGACUUGUAUCCUUUGUUGGAACUUGUCUGCAUGGACACUCAUACCCUAGGUCUCUUUGUAGCUGCCAACAGUGGUUUUAUAUGCCUGUUAAACUUCCUUCUCUUGAUGAUCUCCUACGUGGUCAUCCUGCGUUCACUGAGGAACCACAGCUUGGAAGGGAGGCGCAAAGCCCUCUCCACCUGUGUCUCUCAUAUCACAGUUGUCAUCUUAUUUUUUGUGCCCUGCAUAUUUGUGUAUCUGCGCCCAGUGACCACUCUACCUGUAGAUAAAGCUGUGGCCAUCUUUUAUACGAUGGUGGCCCCAAUGUUAAAUCCCUUAAUUUAUACCCUCAGAAAUAAUGAGGUUAAAACUGCCAUGAGGAAGCUCUGGAGUAAAAAAGUGACUUCAGUUGAUUAA